AUGAAGUGCCGAAACUUACUGUCCUUUGGCAUCCUCGCCAUCCAGGCUUCCGGUCAGGUGGCGAAUUAUUGCAAAGCCUUUCCUGGGGACCAAAAUUGGCCAUCGGAUGAGACAUGGCAAAAGCUCAACAAGACGCUGGGGGGCGUGCUGAUAAAGUCUGUACCUCUCGCCGUUGCCUGCCUUGACGAACACGGCACCCAUGAUGAUGCGGCGUGCGACGCCAUUAAACAGCGUUUGUGGAAUUAUGACUUCCAUGAUGCGGACCCUGUAUCCGUCAUGUGGAAUCAGUAUUCAAACUUCUCUUGUCUGCCUAACCCUGCCACACCUUGCAGCUCUCGCGGAUAUCCUGCCUAUGUUGUCGAUGCAUCGACAGUAAAACACGUACAACACGCUGUUAAUUUUGCACGGAACAAUAAUAUCCGGCUUGUCGUCAAAAGCACCGGUCAUGACUAUCUUGGCCGAUCUACAGCCCCAGGGGCUCUAUCCAUCUGGGUCCAUCACCUCAAUACCAUGACUUACCAUGCUAAUGAAUUCCGAUUACAUGGAUCCGACAAGGUCAUUCCAGGCAGUGCUAUUACCGUCGGCGGGGGUUCCCAAAUGAAUGAUAUCUACCUUGAAACUGCAAAGUAUGGCCAAACUGUUGUUGGUGGUGGAUCUAAAAGUGUUGGCGUGGCAGGGUACAUUACUGGAGGAGGUCAUUCUGUUCUCUCUCCCCGCUACGGUCUCGCCGCAGACAAUGUUUUGGAAAUUCAACUAGUAGACCCCAACGGACACGUCAUAACGGUGAAUGAGGAGCAAAGGCCGAGACUGUUUUGGGCUUUGAGAGGAGGCGGUGGCUCGACAUUUGGAGUCAUUACGUCAAUAACGCUGAAAGCAUUGCCUUCGCCGAAAGUGACGUCUGUCGUCUGGCGAGUCAAUGUGAACCCUGCGGAAUUAUCAAUUUUGCCAAAUUUAGCGUCCUAUCUCAUGUCACAGGUUCCGUAUCUGAUGGAUUCUGGUCUAUCCGGCUACACCAUGAUCGGCGAGGACUGGACAACUCCCAUUCUGAUUGACGGAAAGCCGGAGAAGCUCAGUGGUGUAAUGGGCUUGUGCAUUCUUCAGGAUCAGAAAGACCUAAACUACGCCUACGAAUUGUUCCGGCCCAUAAAUGAUACUGUCCAAGAGCGUUGGCUUGGGAAAGCGAGCGUCACUAUCGAUCUCAAGGAAUAUGACUCCUUCUAUGCCUGGUUUAAUGACAACUAUGACCAGGGAAAGGCUGGAUUCCCCCUAUAUCCGGCCUCAAGAUUGCUGGACCAAAAGUCCUUAACAGAAAAUGCCCAGGCCCUCUCUGAAGCACUUUCAAGCAUGUGGAAGCCGAGAAAGGGAAUGCUGGCAUUUUUAGUUGGGGUACAAGGGGUCAACAACGCACAGCCUCAAGGGGGUAGCAAUUCCGUUCACCCAGCUUGGAGAUCUGCUUAUGUACAUGCUUUGACCGGGACUUCUUUCCCACCGUCUGAUGAGGCGGCUAAAAUGAAGGCUAUUGCGACUGUCAACUCUGCUAUGGAGCGACUGCGGAAUCUCACACCGACAUCUGGGGCUUACGUCAAUGAGGCCUUCAAAUUCGAAUCUGACUGGCAGCAAGCGUUCUGGGGCAGCAAUUAUAAGCGCCUCCUGCGUGCUAAACGUUCCUUGGAUCCUAAUGACGUUUUUUGGUGUGAUCCUUGUGUCGGAAACGAAGGGUGGACCGAGUUGCCGAACGGGAAGCUUUGCAGAAGUGGAGAGUAA